UGGAAGGAAGACGAACGAGGGCGGCUGCGGGAUUUGCUUGAGCAGCGGGUGGCGAAGAGAGAGAGAAAGAGAGAGAGAGAGAAAAGGGGGCGCGCGCAUGUGCUCGUGAGCCUGCGCGCGCCUAGGUCCCCUCCUCGCGCGCUCGCUCGCUCGCUCGCUCGCUCUUCCUGCCUAUAUAGGAUGUGCCGCGGAAUGGUUGGCUCCUUGCGGUGAAGCCCAGGCGCGUGCUGCUCGCUUGCAGCAGGAGGGACAUUCCCGGGAGCGGCUGGCUUCCUUGAGACGGGGAAGGAGAGCCUUGGUGAGCGGGUGCCGCCGCCCGAUCUGCCUCUUUGCUUGCUUUCCUUCCCGAGGAAGAGGCUCGAUGUGCUGCCGCCCAUGGCAGGGGCACAGCCAGGGGUCCACGCUCUCCAGCUGCAGCCGGUCCGCGUCUCCGCCAGCCUCAAGAAGGGCACCGCCUUCGUCAAGUGGGACGAUGACUCUACCAGUGUGACAACUGUUUUUCUCCGAACAGACCCCAAUGGAUUUUUCUUGUAUUGGACUGACCAAAAUAAAGUGCAAGAAUCAGAGCUGUUAGACAUCAGCCUUGUCAAAGAUGCUCGAUGUGGGAAACCCGCCCGAGCCCCCAAGGAUCCAAAAGUACGUGAACAUCUGGAUGCAGCGAACAUCGGAGGACGUCUGGAAAACCGAAUGCUUACGAUUGUUUAUGGACCCGACUUGGUCAAUAUAUCAUACUUGAACUUAGUGGCGGCUCAGGAAGACAUUGCAAAGGAAUGGUCAGAGGAAAUCUUCAGUCUGGCAACCAACCUGCUGGCACAGAACAUGUCAAGGGAUGCUUUGCUGGAAAAAGCAUACACAAAACUUAAAUUACAAGUGACUACGGAGGGGCGUAUUCCUUUGAAGAACAUUUACCGUUUGUUUUCCUCGGAUCGAAAGCGUGUUGAGACUGCAUUGGAAGCUUGUAAUCUUCCCUCUGCCAGGAAUGAUUCCAUUCCUCAAGAUGACUUCACCCCAGAAAUGUACAGAGAAUUCCUGAGCAACCUGUGCCCUCGGCCUGAGAUUGACCACAUCUUCCAAGAGCUUGGUGCCAAGACCAGGCCAUAUCUUACUGUUGACCAGAUGAUGGAAUUUAUAAACCUGAAGCAACGAGACCCACGGUUAAAUGAGAUUCUUUAUCCACCCCUGAAGCAGGAACAAGUUCAGCAGCUGAUUGAAAAAUAUGAACCCAAUAACGCUUUGGCAAAGAAAGGGCAGAUAUCAGUGGAUGGAUUUAUGAGAUAUUUAAGUGGAGAGGAAAAUGGAGUGGUUCCACCUGAAAAACUGGAUGUGAAUGAAGAUAUGGCCCAGCCUCUGUCUCAUUAUUUUAUCAAUUCCUCACACAACACCUACCUCACAGCUGGACAGCUGGCUGGUAACUCAUCUGUCGAGAUGUAUCGCCAAGUACUUUUGUCCGGCUGCCGCUGUGUUGAGCUGGAUUGCUGGAAAGGCCGAACAGCUGAAGAAGAACCGGUCAUUACACAUGGAUUCACUAUGACAACUGAAAUCUCCUUCAAGGAAGUAAUAGAAGCUAUCGCUGAAUGUGCAUUUAAGACAUCUCCUUUCCCCAUCCUCCUCUCAUUUGAAAAUCACGUGGAUUCCCCCAAACAGCAGGCAAAAAUGGCAGAAUAUUGCAGAUUAAUAUUUGGUGAUGCUUUGCUGAUGGACCCCUUGGAAAAAUACCCACUUGAACGUGGUGUUCCUCUUCCAAGCCCAGCAGAGCUGAUGGGAAAGAUUCUUGUGAAGAAUAAAAAGAAAUCCCACAAGUCUGCAGACGGAGCCGCAAAGAAGAAACUUGCAGAACAAGCUUCAAAUACAUGCAGUGAUGCAUCCAGUGGGUUUGAACCAUCCUCUCCUGGAGCAGGGGAAGCAGAGAUUGAAAGUGACGAUGAUGACGAUGAUGACGAUGACUGCAAAAAAUCAUCAAUGGAGGAAGGGACAGCCGGAAGUGAAGCUAUGGCUACUGAGGAAAUGUCCAACUUGGUGAAUUACAUACAGCCUGUGAAGUUUGAGUCAUUUGAGACUUCUCAAAAACGGAACAAGAGUUUUGAAAUGUCUUCCUUUGUGGAAACCAAAGCACUUGAGCAGCUCACAAAAUCUCCUGUCGAGUUUGUGGAGUAUAAUAAAAUGCAGCUGAGCCGGAUUUAUCCAAAAGGGACACGUGUUGAUUCCUCAAAUUACAUGCCUCAGCUCUUCUGGAAUGCAGGCUGUCAAAUGGUUGCUCUGAACUUCCAAACUGUAGAUUUGUCUAUGCAAAUAAAUAUGGGGAUGUAUGAAUAUAAUGGCAAAAGUGGAUAUAGACUAAAACCAGAAUUCAUGAGAAGACCAGACAAGCAUUUUGAUCCAUUUAGUGAAGGUAUUGUAGAUGGAAUAGUAGCAAACACGUUGUCUGUGAAGAUCAUUUCUGGACAGCUCCUUUCUGACAAAAAAGUUGGAACUUAUGUAGAAGUGGAUAUGUUUGGUCUUCCUGUGGACACAAGGCGGAAAGCUCUUAAGACCAAGACCUCUCAAGGGAAUGCAGUGAAUCCUGUAUGGGAAGAAGAGGCCAUUGUAUUUAAGAAGGUUGUUUUGCCUUCUCUGGCUUGUUUGAGGAUAGCAGCCUAUGAAGAAGGAGGAAAAUUCAUUGGUCAUCGAAUAUUGCCGGUAUCAGCUAUUCGACCAGGCUAUCACUAUAUUUGUCUAAGGAAUGAAAGGAACCAGCCUUUGAUUUUGCCAGCCUUAUUCGUAUACAUAGAGGUUAAAGACUAUGUGCCUGAUACAUAUGCAGAUGUUAUUGAAGCCUUGUCCAACCCAAUCAGAUAUGUGAACUUGAUGGAGCAGAGAGCAAUACAGCUGGCAGCACUGACUCUGGAGGAUGAAGAAGAAGUAAAGAAAGAGGCAGAACAGGGAGACACCCCUUCAGAAGCUCACAAUGAACCGAAGCCUGCACCAGCUGAAAAUGGAGUAAACCACACCACUUCCCUCACACCUAAACCAUCAACUCAGGUUGCUCCCAGUCAACCAACACCAGGUUCUGUGAAAGUGCCAGCAAAAACAGAAGAUCUUGUUCAGAGUGUUCUGACUGAGGUUGAAGCACAAACUAUUGAAGAACUCAAACAACAAAAAGCAUUUGUAAAACUUCAGAAAAAGCACUACAAAGAAAUGAAGGAUCUUGUGAAGAAACACCACAAGAAAACCACUGAUCUUAUAAAAGAACAUACAGCAAAGUACAAUGAAAUCCAGAAUGAUUACCUGAGACGGAGGGCAGUCUUGGAGAAAACAGCAAAAAGAGACAGUAAGAAAAAGGGUGAAACUGGCAGCCCGGAUCACAGCUCUUCAACAGUUGAACAAGAGUUGGCUACUCUUGAUUCAGAAAUGACUCAAAAGUUAAUAGAGCUGAAGGAUAAACAACAGCAGCAGUUGCUUAAUCUUCGUCAAGAACAGUAUUAUAGUGAAAAAUACCAGAAGCAAGCACAUAUUAAAUUGCUCAUUCAAAAGUUGACAGAUGUAGCAGAGGAAUGCCAAAAUAAUCAGUUGAAGAAACUUAAAGAAAUGUGUGAAAGAGAAAAGAAAGAGUUAAAGAAAAAGAUGGACAAAAAGAGACAGGAGAAAAUCACAGAAGCCAAAUCAAAGGAUAGGAGUCAAGUAGAUGAGGAGAAGACAGAAAUGAUUCGGUCAUAUAUUCAGGAGGUGGUGCAAAACAUUAAAAGGCUAGAAGAUGCUCAGAGCAAAAGGCAUGAAAGACUUGUGGAAAAACACAAGGAGAUCCGUCAGCAAAUAGUGGAUGAAAAGCCCAAGUUGCAGGCUGAACUUGAUCAAGAAUACCAAGACAAAUUCAAAAGACUCCCACUGGAAAUUCUGGAAUUUGUACAAGAAGCAAUGAAAGGCAAAAUUAGUGAAGAUGGCGACCACAGCUCUACCACUUCUUCCCUCACAUCCGAUGGUGGAAAACUGAACCAUAAACCACUACAAAAUGAGGAGCUGGAGGAUAAUCCAGGAAAAGUGUUUGAUACCCCUCUCUAACUACUCCUGCAAGACCCAUUCCUAAAUUACUGUGGCAGAGAAUGUCACCAUUGUGCUCCCUGGAUUAUCUUCUCUGUGUGAAUGACCAUUGGACAGCAUCACAUCUAGAAGACCUCUGUUGGGAUGGCUCACAUUUCCAAAACAAGUGGUCAGUGAGGAUUCUAUAUGUUGUCUGUAACCCUUCUUUGUUUAUUAGGUGAAGGAAAUAGACGAAUUGGCCAGUGCAGCCCUUUCUGUGGCCACUUUUAUUAAAAUGGUUUUCCAUUUGGGUGCAGUUGGAGCUUCCUUUGGGGACCAGAACAUGUUGUGCAGAUACAACUGCACAGACCUUCUUGUGAAGCAGCAAUGGGAAGAAUAAAUAAUUACACACAACAAUCAUAACAUCCUUAACUUGAUGUUUCCUCCUUCCUGCACCCUGGAAACAUCUACCAUCUUAAUUGCACUGAUUUUUAAAUAUGUGGUUCUUUAUUUUUAUGUUUGCUUUGCAAGCAUCAGCAGCUUGCUUUGUUGACAAUGUACCAGAGAAUGAAUCUACUUUGAGAUGUUCUACUGAAACUGUGGUAAUGAGCCUAAGUUCCCAAACUGAAAUCUCUUCAAGGAGUAAAUGUUUUAUGUGAGUUUCAUCUGUGAUGCGAAUUCACUUUAGGGAUGGGACGUCUAUUUUAAAACUAUCCGAAGAAUGAGUUUAUCAAAUUGGGGAAAAUCCUGAUGAGGACAAUCCUUGAUAGGGGAGAAUAUUUGCAGUUCAGGACUUAAUCUGCAUGAAAAUGUGUAUGUAUGUAUGUGUUUUAGGCAGUAAAAAACAUUUUGUGCAGAAAACAUUUUUGUGUAAAAACACAGAAUGUUUUGCAUAAUAUAAGUUUUCUUUGAAGAAAACAAGCUUCCUGCAAAGCAAAUCCCAUUUUCUGUACAAAGAAAGCAUAUCUUUCAAAUCAAAUAUGGUUUUCUUUGCAAGAAAUGUGUCUCACAAUGCAGGAAAAGUCAAGAUUAUUUUUGCACUAGAUAAUCCCUGAAUUGCAAAUGGUCGUCUAAAACUAUCAAGUUUCAAUGUCUUUCUUGCAGCAAGAAGAAGGAGCCCCCGAUGGCGCAGUGGGUUAAACCCCUGUGCUGGCAGGACUGAAGACCGACAGGUCGCAGGUUCAAAUCCGGGGAGAGGCGGAUGAGCUCCCUCUAUCAGCUCCAGCUCCUCAUACGGGGACAUGAGAGAAGCUUCCCACAAGGAUGAUAAAAACAUCAAAUCAUCUGGGCAUCCCCUGGGCAACGUCCUUGCAGACGGCCAAUUGUGUGCUGGCAGGACUGAAGACCGACAGGUCGCAGGUUCAAAUCCGGGGAGAGGCGGAUGAGCUCCCUCUAUCAGCUCCAGCUCCUCAUACGGGGACAUGAGAGAAGCUUCCCACAAGGAUGAUAAAAACAUCAAAUCAUCCGGGUGUCCCCUGGGCAACGUCCUUGCAGACGGCCAAUUCUGUGCUGGCAGGACUGAAGACCGACAGGUCGCAGGUUCAAAUCUGGGGAGAGGCGGAUGAGCUCCCUCUAUCAGCUCCAGCUCCUCAUAUGGGGACAUGAGAGAAGCUUCCCACAAGGAUGAUAAAAACAUCAAAUCAUCCGGGCGUCCCCUGGGCAAUGUCCUUGCAGACGGCCAAUUUUCUCAUAUCAGAAGCAACUUGCAGUUUCUCAAGUCGCUCCUGACACGACAAAAAAAAAGCAAGAAGAAAAAUUAAAUUUAUUCUUGCUUCAAGAAUGAAAUUUAUGAGGAUAUACAUCUGCAUAGUUCAUACAGAUGUAUCCAAAUAAAUAAUAAAUACCCCCCUCUGUAGAAAUAGAGCAUGGACAUCCUUGUUGGGCCUUUCUAUGUGGUGAAAUGGAAAGAUUCAGGGAUAUGGACUAAUAUAGUGACAACAAAUUUGAGUCACUAUAAAGCAAUUGUUAACUUUUAACUUUAGUUUAAAAAAAAGACAUUUAUGGACUUAAGCACAUUGUUUUCAGUUAUCAUUUCUGGGUACAUCGUGUGAUCUAAUUAUUUUUAAAUACUUAUCAACUAUAAUAUUGAUACGAAGACAUCUCUUCCAUAGUUGUUUUAUUAAUAUUAUUUUUACUGUGGUGUGCAUGUGGGAAAUGUCAUCUCCAAAAUGUAUAUAAAACAGACAUUUCAGAGCUGGAAUCUUUGUGAAAAUAAAAGGAAAUACUGAAACAAAAGGACGUGGAGGGUGAAGACUUGAGUUCUAAUCCUGAAAUUUAUUUAUAUGGAAAGAUUAUAGCCCCUCUGAACUCAAUAGAUUUAUGUGGUGGAUAACACUGAAACACUAAAAAGAAAUUCUGAGUAAAUACUUUAAUAUGUAAUAGCAUAUAUGUAGUUAGCUUUCCCUCAGGAGUUCAGCAAAAUAACUUAUUUUAUUUAAAUGUAAGCAAUAAUAGAGAUCAAACUUCAAGUUAAGUGAUAUGUGUACAUAGGGAAAUUAAAGCUUUGGCUAAGCAGUAUUUUUUUUUUUGUUCUUAAUAUACAGCACGCACGAAGAAAUGUUCCACAGUGUUGGAAGAGUACAUAAAAGACAUGCACUCUGCUUACAAUGUGUGGAGUAAUUAAAGGGUGUAACUAACUUUCAUUUUGAUUUUAAGAGUAUGACGCCUGUCAUUUAUUCUACUUUUUGCACUUUGAAGAUCAAUAUUAUUAAUCAUUAAAUAAAAAAAACCUGGAAGGGUCAAUGUUUAAUGCUGCAUUUUAUAAGAUAAGGGUUCAAUAAAUUUGUUUUAAGUUAGAUGGGAUACAAUAAUAGCAGUAUUCAUGAAAAUUAUGAGACUAUUUCUCUGAUGUGUGCUUGUAUAGUGCAGCUACAAAUACGUUAGGAGAAAUUGUAAGGAGCUUUUUAAUUUGAGAAGUACAAGUGAAUGGUUGACAGAGUCUAUUAGCAGUUGUGGUUGGUUUUCAGUACAUAUGUAUUUGAUCAUUGACUGUACUUACUUUUUUAAUAUCUGUACAGUGCCCCUUUUUUGCAGUUGUAGUUUAGUGUGUAAUAUUGUAUAUCUUGCCUUGUUCAAACUUACGGUGAUAUUAUCAUUUACCAUUAAUAUUACUUGAAAUAAAGUAAGGUAAUGAAAAUAAAGGAGUCUAUGAUUGUGAAAGUUGUGUGCCUUUUAUGUAUUUGCCUUGUUGUGUGUUGAACGUAUGGAAGUAAUAUACCAUGGACAUUUUGGCUUAGAGAAUAGAGCUACAUCGUAUACCAUCAAAUUCCAGUGUACACUUCAGAUAGCUUCACACUACUGAGGAUCAUUUCUUUUAUUAGCUUAUGAUGAAUUUUAGCUCAUGGACACCAAACAUUUCAACAUAACAUGGUUGCAAGGGAUUCUUUAACAGUACUAAAGGGAUAUAUUUUGCCUUCCUUUGAAAAAAUGUUGCUCUUGUACAUUGGUAUAAACACGUGUAUGUGCUGGCUGAUUGGAAAAAGUGAUAUGCUUUAAAUAGGGGAAAACCUCUCAUCAAUCAUGUAUAUAGAUUUCUUUCACAACCUUUUAGAAGCAUAACCCACUUUUUUUUGUACAAAUCCUAUGCAAUUUUGUGGCAUGUUGUUUCUUUCACUUGUAAUUUAUGUGCUUUCAUCACAGAUUCAAAUAAAAUUUCUUAAUGCUG